AAGUCAAGCACUUGUGUGACGAAAAUACUCUUUACGGGGAAGAUAGUUCAUUGCCAGUACUUUUUAGAAAUCAGGUGGCUUCCGAUGUUCCUUAUUACUUUAAUAAACUUCGCCAGGACUAUUUAAACAUUCAAGAAAAAAUGGAUGAAGAAAGACUGGGGUCUCUGAUAAAAGAAAGCAAUGUUCAUUUAGAAAAAGUUAAAGGCGACAUAGAAACUAUUAAAGAUAAUAAAAUGGAGAAUGAUGAUGAAUUUGAAGUAAUAAAUAAGGAGUUAACAGAAAAAGAAAGAUAUAAGGAGGAGUUGGAAAAACUUAUCCAUGAAUGA